AUGGCGGCGGAUGUGCAAGUGAAGGCCGAGUCUGCUUGGAAGAUAAAGUACUCCAAGUUAGAGGAGAAACGGAAUGCUCUCCGGCAAGCCGUGAAGCUCCUUGAACUGCAGAUUGAUAAGAUCCAAGCCCAGAGUAAGAAAGUGUGUGAGAAAGAGCGGGCGAGGGCGGAUUUUGAGAAAGAGGGGAAAGCGAAAGAAUCUGCUGCUAGAGUAGCUCUUGAGAAUGAAGUAGCUGUAUUGAAGUCUCAGAUCCUUUCUCUUGAGCACAAAGGAGGUACAAAUGUUCAAGAGAGUAAUGGUGACGUGAAGGUUCUUCAAGCUCGUGUCUCGGAAUUGGAAAAGGAAAUGAACCAUUUAGAGGAGGUUGUUCAAAAAGAAAGAAAAAGGGCAGACUUUGAAAAGAAAAAUGUUCAAUUGGAGAAGAAAAUUGCUGCGGAAGCUCAAAAAGCUGUGGAAGAUGAAAGAAUUAAGGCAGAAAAAGAAAGGAAUGUUGCCAAUUUGGAAAAAGAUAGGGCUGGGAAGUAUAGGCUUCAGAUGGAGGUACUGAGGAAGGAAGCUGAUGAAACUAAAUCGAAGUUAGCUUCCAGGACGAUGAAACUCGAAGAGGCAAACAAAAAGCUUGAAGCAGAAAAACAGAAGGUGGUCAAGGAGAAAAAACGGGCAGAUUCGGAGAAGGCGAAAGCAGAGGAGCAAAGAAAGCUUGCAGAAGCUAAUAUGAAAAAGGUUGUGGAAGGGAGAAUUCAUGCUCAAAGUUUGUCUCGGCAAUUAGAAGAGAAUAAAACAAGAAUUGAAGAAGUGUGUGAAUCGAAGUUAGUCUUGGAGCUUUCAGCGAAACUUGAGGAAGCAAACAGAAGGUUUCAGUUGGAAAAAGAGAAGGCAUCUAGGGAGAAAGAACGAGCGGAUGCAGAGAUGUUAAAAGUGCUAAAACAGAACGAGGUUGCAGAAGUGAAUCGGAAGAAGUCCCUGGAAGAAAAGUCUCGUGCUGAUCAGUUAUCUAGGCAGUUAGAAGAAUACGAGCAGAAGACUAGUGAAUUGGAAAAACAGAUACAAGAGCUUUUGUCCAAUAGAAAUUCGGUCAAGGCAUCUGCAGGCUCAAUAAGUGAAAGUACUGAAUCAAAAUUUUUGAAGAAACAACUUAAGCUUGAGAAAAUGAAGAAAAAACAUGCUAAACAAGUAGCAGAUCUGGAAAGAAGUCGAAACAGUAUCCUGCAACAAGAAGUAGGUCGCUUAAAGCUGGAGUUUGAUCAGUUCUCAUGUCGUCUGGACAUGCUACAUAAAUCUUUCUCACCAAGGACAGAAGGUACUGAGGGCCUAGGGAAGAUGGGACGCAAUAUGCCAAGGGCAGAUAUGAAAAAACUAUGCAGCUCAGAACCUUUUCGGAUGCAACUACAAAGUCUUAAUGGGCUAUUGAAGCCCAGCUGCCAAGCCUUGGAUUUCUCUGGUACUUUCAGGGAAACCUUACAACACACUGGACACUUGUGUCCUGUGCCUGGAGGAAAUUGUAUUGAACCUAUUACAGGUAUUGAUUCUAAAUUGGAGUCUCUGCUUGGAGGCUCUCCCAGAACAAUCUUAAAGAGUUCUGCAAUAAAUUCCAGUACGACAUCUUUAUCUGAUGGACAAUUGGUCGGCUCACAGGAUAAGGGUGCCUUUUCUGUUGCAACAUCGGUGAAAUUGGCCGAAGAGUAUGCACAACCAACACUUACUGACUUGUCUGACGAAGUUACCAGAAUGAGGUCCAGUGAAAAUCUGGCUGUUGUGGCUGAAAACAGUGUGAGGAGUCCUCUUAGCAAUGGUGAUGUUGGAAAAGGUACCAUGCAUAGCAGGAAGAGAAAGAGGAUGGUUGAUACUGUUGAAACCAUUGAGGACUUAUACUUUGAGGAUAAGAAGUUGCAUCUACAGAUAGAAGAAAAGCUUGCUGAUUUGCAUGGUAUGCUCAAUAAGCAAAUAGACAAGCCCUUAAGGGGAGGAAAAUUCCUACUUCCUAGUUCCCAUGGAACUUCAUAUUCUAAGCAUGAUAAGCUUCAAAAGAAGAGGAAGUCAUCUUUUCAGGAGAAAGUAGUAAGGCAGCAUGCUACUGACAGUAAUGAGCAAAACAGGAGAGAUGAAGUUGAACCUGAAGGCCAUGAAAAUGCAAAUUGCCGCAGACAAGCCUCUGUAACGGGCAAUGAUCACACAUGGACUUCUGGAGAAAUCGGGGAAGGCAUAAGAAAUUCAAAUACAAGUGACGUUGAUAUUAUGGCAGGUUUUGACAACCUAGCUGAUGUUGAUUUCAUGAAUCUGCUAAACUUGGAUAAUCCUGCUGAUGAGGAAUAUUAUAGGUUAGCAAUGGAGAUGCCACUAUCCCCUUUGCUUCCUGAGAUUGAGAUUGAAGAUACUGAAAGAUUUAAUGUGGAGAAAACGAUUCCGCUAGUUAAGGAAACCUUGUGGGGAGGAUUGUCAAAUAAAGAAGAAAAAGUGUUUCCAUCAGGCAGAUUUAAUGUAAUUGAAACGGGUAUAUGUUUCAAUAAAUCAAUGUCUGAUAGCUGUGCUACCUUCACUAAUUCAUUAGUCCACAAAAAUGAAAACCACGUUAAUUCUUCAUACACAGUAGGGAAUGAUUUGCAUACUGGUAAAGUGGUAAAUGCCUCUGGUUGCCUGAUUGGUGAAUCUGGUGUAGAGGUGGGAAGGUCUAAUGAAACUAUUUCAGGAGAUGAGAAGGUUCAAUGUCCAUUUGAAGGUGAACUUGGAUCUGUAGGCAACAACAUUCUUGAACAGGGUGUUGUUUUCUCAAAUAUUUUAGAUAGAAGCAGCAUUUCUAGGAUAUAUCAUGCUAUCAGAACUUGUAAGACGUGUUGCUCGCUGGCUACUCAAGCGAGAUGGAUGAUGCGUGAUAUUCUGCUAGCCCUUAAAAUGGAAGAAAAACUUUCAACCAAGGAGAAGGUUUGCGCUCUCUUCUCGCUGUUGAUGGUAAAUUUUCCUGUGGCUGCUUUGAGUGAAUUUGGGAACUACAUAAAUUGGGUAUCUAUCCCCUGCUUGGAUUCUUUUGCUGGGCAUGUACAGUUAGUGAUGUCUGAUGUGGAGAUAAGAAGCUUUUUUGCUGAGGUAGGCUAUUUGGAUGAACUGUUGAGUCUAAUUGAGAAUUUCCUCAUGGAUGGAUGUGUUAAGUUUUCCAAUGAUGUUCCAUUUGGAUCAUGGGUUGAGAGUGAUUCAAGGGUUAACAUCCCUUUAGAUGGCUCAAAGAUAACAUUUUCUUCGGAACCAGCUUCUGCAGAACAGUUGGUAGCAGGGAGCAUCAUAUUGGCAUCAAUUUGUGUAACACUGGGCCAAAUUGGUUUUAUUUGUGAAGCAUCAUACAACAUUUUACGGGCUAGCAAAUUUGGAAAUUCAUUGAAGCUGGCUAUUCUUCAUAUGUUUGCUUAUUUGGGUGGUGACAAGUUUCUUAAAUUCAGUGAUUACAGUUUGUUGAUGACUACAUCGAAAUCUCUAGUUAGGAAUCUUGAGGAACUAAGUUUAUUAGGUGCUUCUGUUUCUUCUAUUCCACCUGUGAACGAUCCUCAAACUGCAUUCUGUCCAUGUAUCAAAUGCCCCUUCUUGGAGGAAGGUGUGUCUGUGGAUAGCACGACUUCUUUGCUUCUAGAAAAGAUUAAGAAUGCUAUAUUGGAAGCCAUGCAUCAGCCUGCAGUAGAUCCUGUUUAUCGUCCUCAUGAAAUGGAUAGUGAUGGGACCUGUUGCUUAAACAAGUACGGUAUCUCUGGAAAUCAAUCAGAUCCCCAGACGAAUGUGACUUUAUCUAGCCUCAGUGAUCUUCUAGCAUUGGUCGAGCUGGUUGCAUGGCACAUGGGCUGGGAGUGGACUUGUGUCAAAAUUGUUCCGCAGCUGUUAAAAUUGUUGGAAUCAUGUGUCUUUGAGAACUCAAUUGCGGGAAUUGUUAUUCUUCUCGGUCAACUUGGGAGGCUUGGAGUUGAGGCUUUUGGAUAUGAAGAUAGACAAGUUGAACAGCUAAGAUGUGAUUUGUCUUCAUUUUUUCGUCUCUCAAUUACCAAGAAAGCAGGCCUACCUAUUCAACUUGCAAUUGUUACUGCAUUGCUAGGCCUUCUCUCAGUUGAUUUUGAGACAAUAAUCCAGACCAGUGAAAAGCUUCCGGCCAUUGUAAGUGAAUCUGUUGCAGCUGAUUUGUUAAGGAAAUGGUUUUCUUCACUGAACAAGAAGCAAAAGGGCUUGUCCUUCAACGUUUUACAAACUGGCGGUGUAAAUAAGAAGCGAGAUGCUUUCAUGAUGUUGUAAAACUGAAUGUGCUAAAACUGGCGCUUUUCUUUAAGUUUAAGGUGCCCCAUGCUGAUUAUUUGAGUUAAUGUUAGGAAAUUUUGGUACCAUUUUCACCUUUCGGUAGCUCCUAGAUAUCGCAGAGCUCGCGGAUUGUCUAGACAGCUAUGGGGAUUUUUUUUUUUUUUUUGUUUUGUUACAUUGCCCAUUGCUCGAGGGACUUGUAAAUGUUACUCUAAUUUCAGAGGUUGCAUAAAGUGCUGGCUCAUUUUCUU